UUGUAUUUCCGCCGCAGCAGAGACAACGGGCACGUCAAAGGAGAAAAUGUGGACAGUUAGGACAAACUAAGGCCGGAGAACCGUCCGACAACAUAUAUCGUCUCAAUAGACCUCGGUUCCCCCGCGGUGUUUACCAUUUAAAGACCCUGACCGAAUAUUUGAACGUUAAGGGGACGUUUCGAGCUUAACUCGCCCUCUUCACUUUGUGGAGCUUCGCUUUGAGGAAGCAGCAGCAGCUCGGCUAGCCAGCUGAAUUAGCUAGCCUGUUAGAGAUGGGGACCAGAGCCAGUCGCCUACAGGAAGAGCCGGCUCCGUCUGCUUUCGGGAAAGAUGGCACUAAACGGGAGUCUUACCGGCGACCCCGUCUCACCCGGCCCACCAGUCUCAUGGUCGAUUUCUCCGGCAGCUUCGAGGACACGGAGGCCAACCGAAGCCGCUCGGAGGAAGGCAGCGACUCUGACCUCGGGCAGCUCGGGGCCAGCGCCGACGGCAGCCCCGCUGACCACCACAGCAUCCCGUCCAGCAUUAGUCAGGCGUCACCUGCGGACAACAGCGAGGGGAAACCAGAGGAAGACGGGAACAUAAGCCCCGAGGCUCCAGUCGAAGCGGAACAUCAGUCCGGAGAGGAGACAGGCCGCACACCCCACCGCACCUUUUCCGAGCGGCUGCCCGGGAAUAGGCACUCCUCUGCCCGCAGCGUUAGCGCAAGAUCCGCCCGGGUUCGGGGCACACACCAGCGGCCGGUGUCGGAGGCAUGGAUCGGCCUUUACCGUGUUAACAACCGCCAUGGCAAUAUCCGCUGUCCCUUCUGCUCUAAGCCUUUCCCCGGGGGUCGGAUUGAGGAUCACCUGUUGAGCUGCCUCACGUCUCCUCCACUACCUUACAACACGGACGUGCUCAGUAAAGACAGUGGAGAGUGCUCCAUCUGUCUGGAGGACCUGGUACAGGGAGAGACAAUCGCCAGGCUGGCUUGCCUCUGUGUCUACCAUAAGAGCUGCAUUGAUUCCUGGUCCAAGGUGAAGCCCUGCUGCCCUGAACAUCCCUUCGAUUGACUCACGGGUCGCAUGAUUUCUGCACAGUGACCAACCAGACUCAGAGCUGUUGCAGAUUCUGUUCAGAUAAAUGCACGACCUUUGUCUAAUGGUCACUCUUGUCCUUCACCACUUCUACAGGAGACUACACUGAAUUCUAACAAAAUCCUCCGCAAAAAAAGAUGUGUUAUUGAAUAAACAAAAGCCUCCCUUAACCCAUAUUUGAGUGAAAACCAGAGGAUCCCACCAGGAAGCUACAGUUCAUGACACCCGGCUUCAUCAUUUGGAUUGGUCUGUCUGAACUUGGUCUAAACUAUUUCAAGCCAAACUCCAUCAACAACAACAAAAAAAGAGAAAACAGUUGCUCGGUCUCUAGUCAAACCCUCACUGGAUCAGAAGUGGAGGAGUUCACUUGUUUUUUGUUUUUUUUUAUUUCUUGGAUUUUGCUUCAAUCCGCAGAAAAAAGAAGAAAAAAAAGCAUACACAUAUAUAAUAUAUAUGUCAACUCGAUAUUAUCAUGCCACCAUCAUUGAACCAGCCCCAGCAAGAUGUUGAACUUGCGGGAGGAAUGUGGAAAAACGUUGUCUCGACUGUGACUCUUGGACGCACCUGUGUAAUUUUUUCCUCCCUCCAAAUGGGAUCAGUCAUUUUUAUCAAGUAUUUUGCAAAAGAGUAUCGUUCCACAUCAUACUCGGGAUGAAUGUUUUCUUUCCGCGGCUCACCCCAAAUGACCCAACCUCACACUGAAAGCGUGAACUAUUAACCACAUGAACAUUGUUUUAUUUUGAACCAGCUGGAAGUUGAGGUCCUGUUUUCUUUUUGGUGAAUGGGGGACAGCCGUUACUUGGUGUUAUCUGUUUUCUAUUGCCUGUAAACAUUUCAGGGGAUUUUUUGGGGGCUAAUUGUUUUGUUGUUUUUAUGUUUUCAGUACAGGUCAGUUUCUCGUAGGUGGUUAGUACGUGCUGAGACUCAUGUGCUGCUACUUGGUGAGUGUGUUGGAAGGUUGUAGGUAUUUCAUAGGGUCUCAUUAGUAGCACCAAUUUGAGCACUUUUGUUCAUCAAGUUUUUUUAACCCCAUAUACGGUCUGGGUUUUGUGUGUGUGUGCUUGUAUUUGUUGCCUCGUAAGGACCUUUUCUGGCGACCAAAACCUGGUCCUAAUGGGGCAGAGCUUCAUUUCAGAGUAACUGGUUAAAAUUUGGGCCAACAUUUGAAUUGUGGUUAGUUAAAAGGUUAUGGUUAGGCAUGACCUGGUAAUGGUUGAGGUUAUUAGGCUGUCCUAAUGAAGAAUAGCUGCCCAAACUGUGUGUGAGUGUGUGUGUGCGUAUGUAUGGGAGUUAAGAUGAUGACCAGGGACAGGAAAUGUCCUGCUCGUUUAUUCUAGAAAGCAUGGGAGUGUGGUUUUUACUGUAAACUGCCCAGAAGUCUGCUUGGUCAAGCGGGUUAAACUUUUUUUUUUUUUAAGAUUUUAUAUUGUUUAUUUUUUUGUACCUCAGUCAAGCUAGCAAGCAUCGUGUUACAUGUGGCAUUGGUACGACUUGUGCUGUCCCGUUCUGCCUCCGAAAGUUGUUGGUGAGAGUUUUCCAUCUCUUGGGUGUAGUCCAGAUUUUCUUUGUUUUUUUGGACCAGUGCCCAAACUAUAGUUUUGCCAUCUAGUUGCAUUAAAGGUCCAGUGGGUAAGAAUUAGUAACAUUGAAUGGCAAGACUACAGAUUGCAAUAAAACAGACCUUUCUUCCACCUUUCUCUUUCCUAAGAAUGGGAACUAUGCUGGCCUUUGCAGACCUGAAAGAAUGUAAGAAGAUUUCCACAACUCCCUCUCUAUUCUCAGCUUUUUCCUAAUUCCUUCGUUGGUUUCCAUUCUUAUCUAUCUUCUUCUUUAUUUCCUUGUAAGACUUUACUGCAAAACAUGAAAUGCAUGUCCAUUGGUGUUGCUGUAGAAAGAUGGCAACUCCCGUAAAGCAAGACCCUUCCUUUUAAAGUACAGAAAAGCCUAUUUUUAGAUGACGGAAAACCAAACAAUUUUUAUUUCAAAGCUGUCAUACUUUUUCGGCCAACUGACACAUGAACUGAAAUGCCUCUCAUUCACUUUGAAUGGUGUCAAGCAUUGCCCAACUGCAUUGUGGGUCUGUAACUUUGAAUUGCUUGCGUUGUGUGCACCACAGCGUGAGCCAAGAAAAAUCGCAUCAUGCAAAUAUCAGCAGUGCUCCCAGUCAUGCUGUUCUUGAGUGAAGGUGACAAGACGAGGCGCAUCUACCUGUUGCUGAUGUUGUUGGUUGGACAAAGUGAAGACAUCAAGUCAAGUGACUCUUGCUAUUUAGUUAGAUUUUCGAUCACUACAUCCAGUACCAAGCGUCAGGCCCUCCCACCAGCGCAUACGUGUGUCGUCAAAUUAAAAUGAACAUACUUAUGGGUAGUUUAUUCGAUUUCUGCCAAUAAGCCCUUACCAAUGUUACGUACUGGACCUUUAAUGCUGGACUGGGGAGGAAUACUGGGAGUGGACAGAUUGUAUUUUUGGGGACAUACUUGCACACCAUGUGGCAUCUGCCGCUCACCCCAGGACUAGAGGCUUUGGACAGCUGAUGGUUAAUAAUUACAUAACGACCCCCCCCCACCCCUUUUUUCUUUUUAUUUGAAAAGGAUUUGAGAUACUAUAUCAUGACAUAAUACAAUCAUAAUUAUUGCUAAAAUGUGUGAAAUGGCUUUUCCUUUGCCUGUUUUUGUGUGUUUAUGUGUGUGGUUGCCUUUUUUGCCUGGCGGCGAUGGGGUUUCAUGUGCCAGCAGGUAUUUAUAGUGUAUUUACAGUAAGUGAGGCUGCGUCACAGAUGCUGUCUGAUAUAGAUUGUGCACACGUUCGGGGGGGG